CUCUUUGAUAGAAAACUCGGCGAUGUCGCUUCGUCUCUUGUAGUGAGCUUGACACAGAACCCGGGGAAGGAGGGGUAAGAGGGGAGAAAAGGCAGCGUUCACGGACUAUUCUAAAGAAGACCGGAACGACCUGAAAUUGCCCGUUCCUUUCUUCCUUGUUGAUCUUCUGAUUUUGGGCCUUGGUGCUUCUGCAAGCUUCCACUGAUGAGCAACUAGAUCUCAACCUCUGACCUGUGUGAUCUCGCACCACUUCUAUCAAACUACGCCCACUGGUGAAGUGUGUAUGGAGCAGUGUGAGAGCGCAGCGGCUCUGCUGGAGUCGGUCAGGGAGCAGGAGGUGCAGUUUGAACAGCUGACACGGGCACUGGAGGAGGAGCGGAGGAGAGUGGGCCUCCCCGCCACUAGCCCCUCCACUCUGGGCCGCCCUCUCCCCCACACACAGAACGGACGGUUGGGAGAUCUCGACAUCGAACGACUGAAGCUAACAGAUCCAUAUUUAAACGGCACACAUUACAGGAUGGUGGACCCGGCACACGGAGCUCUGGACGAGAGUUACACGCCAGAGGAAGACUCACAGGAAGCACAUUCCGUCUUCUCAGAAGAAGGGACAACACGGCGGCUGGACAAUGGGAUGAAGAAACCAAUUUCACGCACAGUCCUGCCUACUGAUGCGAUGUCCAUUGACGGGGGCAUGUCUGUCUCUGGGAUGGGGGGCUAUAGCGCCACCCUGGACCGUCCCUACAGGCAGAUGGCAGGGGAAUACCCAACUGCUACUGUCCCAAGAAACUACCACUAUGGCCCAGUUGGAGGUUACGAUGAAUACAGAGGUGGGCCACCAUCCGAGGCCUACACAAGCCUCAGCAGGGGCACUCACAUGGACGAUCGCUACAGGCCUGUAGAUGGAUACAGGACCCUGGAUUCUGGUUACCGGGCUCCUAGCCGUCAGCAAAUGGACCCCUAUGCAGCACAGCCCCAGGUCAGUCGGGGAAUGAGGGCAUUAGGCUCUGCGUUGGAGAUGCGAUACGGCCAUGGCCACUAUGGUCUGGAAGAUGACCAAAGAAGUGUUGGUUAUGAUGACUACGGUAUGGGGCCACCUCCUAUGCACCCCGGAGGCUAUGGCACAAUGCCUCGGCUGGGUGGCGGUCCUGGGGGGAUGGACAGAAGAAGGCUGAGAAGCUGUGAAGAUACUUUGGAUGGUGAUAUGGGAGGGGUCGACCCUUACGCCUGGGGCGUGCAUGUGCCGAUGGAGCGGGGGAGCAUGGCAUCCCUGGACAGCACCCUUCGGAAAACUGCUCCUGGUUCGUGGCGACAGCCGGAGCUGCCCGAAGUGAUCGCCAUGUUGAACUACCGUCUGGAUCCUGUCAAGACCAAUGCUGCAGCUUUCCUCCAGCAUCUCACGUUCAAAAACGACAAGGUAAAGUCGGAGGUGCGUCGCCUGAAGGGAAUCCCAGCCUUGGUUUCGUUGCUUGACCACCCAGGCAAGGAAGUGCACCACUCAGCUUGUGGAGCACUGAAGAAUAUCUCUUAUGGGCGAGACCAAGACAACAAGAUUGCCAUCAAGAACUGUGAUGGAGUUCCAGCUUUGAUCAGAUUACUCCGCAAAACCCACGACCAGGACCUCACUGACACAAUUACAGGAACCUUGUGGAACCUGUCAUCCAAUGACGCAGUAAAAAUGGAGAUCGUGGAUCACGCUCUUCACGCCCUAGUGGAUGAGGUGGUGGUGCCUCACUCCGGAUGGGAGCGAGCAACCAACGGCGCAGAGGAGACCUGCAAACCGCGACACCUGGAGUGGGAGACCGCCUUGACCAACACUGCUGGCUGCCUUAGAAACGUGAGCUCAGAACGCAGUGAAGCCCGGCGGAAACUGAGAGAGUGCACGGGAUUGGUGGAUUCCCUCAUGUAUAUCGUUCAGUCGCAGAUCAAUCGCAAAGAUGUGGAUAAUAAGUUGGUGGAGAACUGCGUCUGCCUCCUGAGGAAUCUGUCCUAUCACGUUCACCGCGAGGUCCCCAGCUGCGAGCGCUAUGCUGAGAACAUGCCGCUCCACCAGGGGCCCAUGCCCAGCUCCCACAAAGGCGGCUGCUUUGGCUCCAGAAAGGGCAAAGAUGAGUGGUUUUCCAAAGCAAAGAAGGACGGAGACGAUGGCAGUGCUGACCAAGUUGACAUUCCGAAGAGGACGACACCAGCCAAAGGUUAUGAACUGUUGUUUCAACCCGAGGUGGUCCGUGUUUACACGUCCUUACUCCGAGAGAGCAAAAACCCCUCGGUGCUGGAAGCUGCCGCUGGAGCCAUCCAGAACCUUUGUGCUGGCAGAUGGACCUACGGACGUUACAUUCGAGCCACCGUGCGUCUGGAGAAGGGUCUACCCAUGAUGGCGGAGCUGCUCGCCCACGGUAAUGAUCGGGUGGUCCGAGCUAUGUCCGGAGCCUUAAGGAACCUCGCCAUUGACAACCGUAACUGUGAACUGCUCGGGUUGCACGCUGUGCCUCACCUCGUGGCGAACCUCCCCGGAGGCCAAAGUCAAUCUGGACGAGUCUUAUCGGAGGAGACGGUGGUGUCCGUGCUGAGCACGCUCACGGAGGUGCUGGGCAACAGUUUGGAAGCGGCGAAGACACUAAGAGCCUCGCAGGGCAUCGAGAGGCUGGUGCUCAUCAAUAAAGAUGGGAAACGCUCCGAUCGUGAGGUGCGCGGCGCUGGUCAGGUGCUCCAGCUCGUCUGGGCCCACAAAGAGCUCCGGCGUCCUCUGGAGAAAGACGGCUGGAAGAAGACUGACUUUAUGGUCAACCUGAACCCAAACUCUGGCAACACGAACGGGCCCAGCACACGGGCCAAUGGCACAUACGAGGAUAGCACCACACCACUGCUGGAGAGAGGGGAGAAGCGGGACAUGAUUCCACUGAACGACCUUGGCCACGAGGCGUACUCCACACUGGACCAGAGGGAGAGGAGACACACUCUGGACGACACCACAGACACUUUACCGCGAGGGGUGUACAGGGGCAGAAAGGGUUCCCUGCCCCUGUUGGACUCCUACGAUGGUUAGCCCACCCCUCCUCCCCUCUACCCCUUCUGCAUGUAAGAGCAUGAAAAACUGAUAGUGUGCAUCACCCAGGCGGGGCCAUCCCUGCCCUACCACUGCUACUGAGGAGAGUCCAUCUGAUGCACAGGCUCUCCAGCAACCCCCUCUCCUGACCCUCCUCUGUGCAAACUUAUGGGACUGGGAACACGAGGGUUUGGCUUCCAAAGAAAGUGAUUUUUGUUUCAGACAAAAAAAGGCACAGUCAAUAUUUUCUUUUUUUUUCUCUCUCUCUCUUUCAACAAAUGUGUUGUAGCAACUGAAAUGUAUUCAGUUUAUUUCUAAAUUAUAAUUAUUCUGUAAAGGCAAUCACACUUUAUAGACAAUCAUUUAAUGCCUGUCUUUUUUUUUUUUUUUUUAAAUUCAACUUCCGGUGUCAUGUUGACAUUAUUGCUGCACCGUAACAGCGAGCUUUUACGUAGACUUACUUCCACAUAGGUUUUAUAUAUAAAUAUAUACUGUAUAUAUGAAGAGAGAGUGGGACGCCUGCGUUAGUGAUGGCUCUUUAAUUUAAAUCAAGAGGUUGAGACGAGACGAGAUGUAGAUGGAGAUGUUGUUUAUACAAGUUAUUUUCCUGUCUAGAUUUAUUUUCUCUCCGGAUUGUAGACCUGAAAGCGCAGGCGUGUGUAUAUUUGUCAUACAGUGAACUGAACCCGUGUGUGUGCGUGCGUGCGUGUGCGCGUGUGUGUGUGUGUGUGUGUGGAAAAUUGAUAUGGACCUGAGUCUUUUUAUUGUGUGUGGACCAGACUUAAGAGACCACUUUUUUACUCCUCUGAUGAUAGCUUUGCUUUUGUUUACCAUCUGCCUCUUUGUUCAACUGGAAACAAUGACAUGUGUUCGCUUUCAAAACCACACUUGGAACUGCUUCGUAUCACCGAGAGUAAACCACUGAUGGGAAGCUGAGAUAACACUGUCUUAAAACCAAAGCUGGUGAUUCAGGGGGAAACUUGUAUUUGGAAGAAGGACAGGAGGCACCUUUUGGUCUAUUUUCCUUUUCUUUUUAUACCGUUAUUUUCCACCUUCAGUCUAGUUUUUGUAUUUUUUACCUUUUUUAUUUCCUCAACGGUGGGAGCGGGAGUUCUGUUUGGACUGAUUUAGCAACCUUUUCACGGACCAGUCUUCUUUUUUAUUUCAAUUCUCCACACACAUAGUUGAUUUGUAAUGUCUAUUCUGAUGUACCGUUCAUACCUGCCUUGGCUCUGAGAUGUUUUUUUUUCAGCGAAGUAUGUAACUGGUGAAGCUGUUUUUAUAAAUAAAGUUCUUUUCUUAGACAAGA